AUGGAGAAGGGGACCAACUGCUUUCCGACCUGCCACACCAUUUUUCUCGCCUGGACAUGGUUCUUACUUCUCUCUUGGUGUUGCACCGGCGCCGAAAUAACUUGCAGAUCCUGCUCAUCUCCAUCGCCCUCCUGGCCGUCCUCCUCGUCUCGCCUUAGGCAGGAGCAGCGACAGCCGCCGCCGCCGCCGCGAGGAUUACGGAGCUGGCCGGGCGGCCGAGCGCGGGGCUCGGUCGGGGCGGCGGCCGCCGCGGAGCCGGUGCCGGGCGCGGAGCCGGGGGGCCAAACGCCGGCGGCCGGCGGCGUCCGGGGGGUGCCCGCGGCCGAGGGGCAGCGCGGCGGCCGCGCUCAGCCCCGAGGGCCCCCGGAGGAUGGGAGAGCAGCGCGGCCGCGAGGGGCCGAGGAGCCGAGGCUGAGCAGCACCACCUUCGCUCUCACCGGGGAUGCGGCGCACAACCAAGCCAUGGUGCACUGGUCCGGACAUAACAGCAGCGUGAUUCUCAUUCUGACAAAGCUCUACGACUUCAACUUGGGGAGUGUUACGGAGAGCUCACUGUGGAGGUCAACAGACUAUGGCACUACCUAUGAAAAGCUAAAUGACAAAGUAGGCCUGAAGACUGUGCUGAGCUACCUGUAUGUCAGUCCCACUAACAAGAGAAAGAUCAUGCUUCUUAGUGAUCCAGAGAUUGAGAGCAGCAUCCUCAUCAGCUCUGAUGAAGGAGCGACCUACCAGAAGUACCGUUUGAACUUCUAUAUCCAGAGCUUGCUCUUCCACCCCAAGCAGGAGGAGUGGAUCUUGGCCUACAGUCUGGAUCAAAAGCUGUACAGCUCCAUGGACUUCGGAAGAAAAUGGCAGCUCAUGCAUGAGCGGGUCACUCCAAACAGGUUUUACUGGUCAGUGGCUGGUUUGGAUAAAGAACCUGACCUUGUGCACAUGGAAGCCCGGACAGCUGAUGGACACACACACUAUUUGACCUGCCGGAUCCAGGAGUGCUCCGAGACCAAGAGGAGCGGGCCCUUCUCACGCUCCAUCGAUGUCAGCUCCCUGGUUGUUCAGGAUGAAUACAUCUUCAUCCAGGUGACAACUGGUGGAAGAGCAACUUACUAUGUGUCAUACAGACGGGAACCUUUUGCACAGAUCAAAUUACCCAAAUACUCCCUUCCUAAGGACAUGCAUAUUAUCAGCACAGACGAGAAUCAGGUCUUUGCAGCUGUUCAAGAGUGGAACCAGAAUGACACCUAUAACCUGUACAUCUCGGACACCCGAGGGAUCUACUUCACCCUGGCCUUGGAAAAUGUGAAAAGCAGCCGAGGACUGGAGGGGAAUAUUGUCAUUGACCUUUAUGAGGUAGCAGGGAUCAAAGGCAUAUUCCUGGCUAACAGGAAGGUGGAUGACCAAAUCAAGACUUUCAUUACCUACAACAAGGGCAGAGACUGGCGUUUGCUGCAGGCACCAGAAACUGAUCUAAGAGGGGAUCCUGUACUUUGCCAGCUGCCCUUUUGCUCACUGCACUUGCGCCUGCAACUCUCAGAGAAUCCGUAUACUUCAGGGAGCAUUUCCAGCAAAGAGACAGCUCCUGGGCUGCUGGUGGCCACAGGCAAUAUUGGCUCUGAACUUUCCUACACGGAUGUUGGCGUGUUCAUCUCUUCUGAUGGUGGCAAUUCCUGGAGACAGAUCUUUGAGGAGGAAUACAACGUUUGGUUUCUGGACUGGGGAGGGGCACUAGUGGCCAUGAAACACACGUCAGUGCCCAUCCGGCACAUGUGGGUGAGUUUUGAUGAGGGAAGAUCCUGGAUUAAAUACAGUUUCACAUCAACACCACUUUUUGUGGAUGGAUCCCUUGUAGACCCUGGCAUAGAGACCCAGAUAAUGACAGUUUUUGGACACUUCAGCCUCCGUUCUGAGUGGCAGCUGGUCAAGGUGGAUUACAAGUCUCUCUUCAGCCGCAGGUGUACCAAGGAUGACUACCAGACCUGGCAUCUGCACAAUCAGGGGGAGCCUUGUGUCAUGGGCGAGAGGAAGAUCUAUAAAAAACGCAAGCCUGGAGCCCAGUGUUCCCUAGGUCGGGACUAUUCCCAAACUGUGGUGUCUGAACCAUGUGUCUGUGGCCAAGGAGACUUUGAGUGUGACUAUGGAUAUGAGAGGCACAGCAACAACCAGUGCGUCCCAGCCUUCUGGUUCAGCCCAUCCUCCCUGUCCAAGGAUUGCAACGUUGGGCAGAACUACUGGAACAGCACUGGGUACCGCAGGAUUGUGUCUAACAACUGCACAGAUGGCUUGAGAGAGAAGUACAUGGCCAAGAUGGAGAAAUGCCCUGGAAAAGCACCUCGGGGAUUGCACAUCCUCACCUCCGAUGGGAAGCUGGUCAUGGAGCAGGGGCACAACGCCACCUUCAUCAUCCUCAUGGAGGAGGGUGAUCUCCAAAGGACAAAUAUCCAGCUUGAUUUUGGAGAUGGCAUUGCAGUGUCCUAUGCCAAUUUCAGCCCUGUGGAGGAUGGCAUCCGGCACGUGUAUAAGAGUGCUGGAAUCUUCCAGGUGACAGCGUAUGCAGAGAACAGCCUGGGUUCAGACACUGCUGUCCUGUUCCUGCAUGUGGUCUGUCCAGUGGAGCACGUCCAUCUGAGUGUUCCCUUUGUUGCCAUCAGAAAUAAGGAUGUCAACAUUACUGCAGUAGUUUGGCCCAGCCAGGCAGGAACACUUACCUACUUCUGGUGGUUUGGCAACAGCACCAAGCCCCUCAUCACCUUGGAGAGCAGCAUCUCGUACAUGUUCACUGUGGAGGGGAUGAACACUGUCACUGUGCAGGUUGCUGGGGGCAACACCCUCAUCCAGGACACCAAGGAGAUCGCAGUGCAUGAAUAUUUCCAAUCUCAGCUCCUGUCAUUUUCUCCCAACUUGGAUUACCAUAACCCUGACAUCCCUGAAUGGAGACAAGAUGUUGGCAAAGUCAUCAAGAGAGCACUAGCACAGGUGACUGGUAUCCCUGAUGAACAGAUCCUGGUAGCUGUGUUCCCUGGGCUGCCUACUUCUGCUGAACUCUUCAUACUGCCCCACAAAAACACAACAGAGAGGAGGAAAAGCAGUGAGGCGUCUCUGGAGCAAGUAGUAGAAAUCCUUUUCAAUGCUCUCAACCAGAACCUGGUCCAGUUUGAGCUGAAGCCUGGCGUUGAAGUGGUUGUCUAUGUUACUCAGUUAACAUUAGCACCACUUGUGGAUUCCAGCUCGGGUCACAGCAGUUCAGCAAUGCUGAUGUUGUUGUCAGUGGUGUUUGUGGGCUUGGCUGUUUUUUUAAUCUACAAAUUCAAGAGGAAAAUUCCUUGGAUUAACAUCUAUGCCCAAGUUCAGCACGACAAGGAGCAGGAAAUGAUUGGCUCUGUCAGCCAAAGUGAAAAUGCCCCCAAAAUCACCCUGAGUGAGUUCACAGACCCUGAGGAGCUGAUGGACAAAGAGCUGGACACACGAGUGAUGGGAAGCAUCUCAACAAUUGCCAACAGUGAAAGCACAAAGGAAAUCCCCAACUGCACUAGUGUUUAA